AUGCGGGACACGGCCCGUCCCCAGACACCGCGCACUGCCGCGCCCGCGGAGCUCCUUGCCUCCCUCCGUCCCUCCCUGCCGCAGGAGAGGCCGCACCUGGGCGCGCCGGCAGCGCCCGCCGCCCUCCGCGCCCGGCUCAGCGCGUUCUGGCCGGGCCACAUAUUUCCGGAGGAGUCACUGGGAAACCCGCAGGCAGGCUUCGGCUCCGGGGUGCUGUGGGCCCCGGCGCAUCGCUUCACAGGCCUCCCGUGCUGCCCAGCGUCCCUUCCCGCCAGGCCAGUGAGCAAAGGGCGUCCCGGCGCCACCUCUGUCCCCACGCGGAGCCGCGCUGAGGGCAAGCGCUCCGGCUGCGUGGAAGCAGGACAGCGUGCCAAAUACAAUGGAGUUAUAGAUUAUUUGCAGAAAGUAAAGGAGUAUUUCAUAAAUACAAUCUCACACCUUCAAGAGGCUGAAAAUAAAUUUUAUGCUGUAAGCUGCAAACAAGAUGGUGAUUUUCAGAACCAGACUGGUGAAAAUGCUUCUGGAGAAACAGACGUGCAUUGUUCAGAAGAAGAAGCAAAAGACUCUGCGCAAGCAUCUUCCAGUUCCAGUCAGCAAUUCCAAAGAACUCCUUUUCUGAACAAGACAGAAAGUCAAAAUGUCAAUCAAACCCACACAAGUGAAAUUAAAACUGUGGGGAAAAUUGCAUCCUUAGGUAAAAACAAAUCUGCUCAAGAACAAGACACCAGCAGAGAAUUUGCAAUGAAAAAGGAAGAUGGUGAACACCAACUACUGAUUGUCUCUUUUACAGAGAAAAAAGAGUGCAAUGGAAAGGAUAAACUUCAGGGAGGUAGCUCAGUUACUGAAAGGCCUCCAGAACUGGAGGCUUUUCAGGAUCCUCUUACAAGCAGUGAGGAAGACAUUCUGUCUGGGACAUUGAAGGACAUUUAUGACAGAAGCAUCAUGAAUCGUUUUGAACAGGAGAAAAAGGAAGUAGUCAGGGACAGUUUAAAAGGAUUCCUAGUCAAAGGGAGUGGAAAGAACCCCCAGGAAACCCCUUGUUUUAUUAAAGCCCCUGCAAUUGUUCUGGAGAAUCUAAAGUGUAAUAUACUCAAUGACACUAGUUCCUUGGUGGUGGAUGAUUCUGAGGAGUUGGUCAGCAAUGUCAUCAGUAUUGAAUGUUAUGAUAAUGAAAAACUACUUUUCCCUAUCAACAUUGCAAUCCCAUUUACAUCAUGCUUCAGAGGAAAUUAUCGGGAGAUUAUGGUGAAAGUGACUGAUACCAACUUCCAGUCAAACUACUUAACUCCUAUUUCUUUGCAAGGAUACCAAGGAAACCAUAAGGAAAGCUUUGCAGAAGUGAAACUUUAUCAUCUGGGUGUUUUUUCUGUGUUGUCAUGCUUAAAGAAGGAAACAUUUACUGUUCCAAAGGUAGAACUCUUACAAAAGCUGAAUGUGGAUUCUAGAAUCUCUUUUUAUUACCAUCCAGAAGCAUUCAGUUCUCCAGCACCUAUGCAGUUAAAGAUUCAGCCAAUUGAGCCAUCAUUGGUUUCAGCAUUGAAAGCAAAACAUGAUAUGUACCACUCAGUGAUAUCUACUAGUGCACUGGUUCAUGUCCAGCAUCCUUCAGCCCAGCCUUUUAACAGCUCAGUCACUAUUACUCUACCAUGUCCCCCAAACCCAGACAAAAAGAGGCAAGGAGAUGAGACAGAACAUGCAAGAGUCAUUAGUGCUACAGUAAAGAGGGUUGCUGCAGCAUACCAUCCUCGGGCUGUGAGCACUUCUGUGAGGAAAAGUGGGGACAAUCACUGUGAUACUUUGAAAUUAUUAGGUCAUGGAAACAAAGAAGAGGGGUGGAAGGUGUUUGAUGAUGUUAUUAUACAGAAUGCACAGAAUGGACUUGUAUCUUUUGAACUAAACGAGCAUUUAGAAAGGUUUGUGGUCAUUUCACUUGCAUUCCUUUUGGAAAACAGGUGUCUUCUUCUUUUUGCUCAGGCUCUGGAAGAAGUUCUCCAUAGCAUGAUGGCUAAUGUGAUACUGUAUCAGAAAGGAGAAAACCCAUUAUUUUAUAAAAUAGUAGUUUUGCUGUCUACAUCCAGGGAAUUGACCAAUGAACUUCAAAAUCUCCAUGAGGAGAGUUAUUUUGGUCCCCCAGAACCUACACAGCAGUUCCCAUUAAGGCAAGGAGAGCAGAUUCAUUUUAGAUUUACAGGAAAUAUUUCUGCUUCAGAGAAUGGAGAAGACUUCAGGAAAGUCUACAGACUGAUUUUUCAUUCACAAAGACAACCAAGGCUGGAGCUCCAAAUUAAAGAAGUGGAUGAAUUUGGUAACCACAGUUCACCUCAUUACAAAGGAACAGCAGUGUUUUAUAAAAUUACCAGAGAGAUGAUAUCAAAGAGGGAACAAACCUUACCUGGUUAUCAUGAAAAAUUGAUCCACCGUCCACGAAGUACAAAAAUAAUUUUGUCUGAUUCUUCAGAGGCCCUAUGGACCAAAUUGCUGUUCUGGCUUGCAGAAGAGCUUGCAGAAGAUAAUACAUCAUUGUUUGCUUUAUGUUUACCUGUUCGAUGAAGCAUGCUUCAGCUUGUUAGGCUGAAGUGCCCUGAUAAUUUAACACACCAGAUCUAUGAGCUGCUUUGCUGCUGGAAAAAGACCCUUCCAAAGUCGGCUGAUAAACAGCAGCUCUUGUCUCACUAUUUGCAGAAGACUGGCAGAAGUGAUCUUUCAGAAGAACUUCGUUUAAAGUGGCAAAAUAAGGUGUUCACCUGACAGAAUCACUGGCAACUCACAGCCCAAUUUCUCAUCUUUCUUGUUGAAGUGUAUGAAUAUUUCCAUGAUACUUCUGGAUGAACAAGUGACAGGGAUAUCA